CCCUCCCCUCCCUACGCCCGGCCCACACACCAACACCCAAACGGACGCCGCGCCCUGCGUCGGCUCACCCACCAGACCAUACGCCCGGUCCACCCGCCCUCCACGCCAGUCACCUCCCUCUCCGAUCGGAGGCGGAGCGUGGCCGCGGCGCCGAUCCCCCGUGGAAGCCUCCGCGUGUCGCGCCCCAUAAAUAUCCGACCUCGCCGGCGCCCGCGACCUCCGAGAACUCCCCUUCUCCGCCGCGCCCGCCGUGCCCAAACCCUAACCAGCCACCCGCCUAGCGCCAGUGCCCCCCUGCCGCUACUAGUCCCACAACUACCCUGUUGCCGCGGCAGCGUCGGCUGCUCCCGCUGCUGCUGCUGCUAACUGGCGCCGAAACCCUAGCCCCGCCCGAUGUCGCAGCAGGAUCCGGCUGCGGCCGGGGAGGAGCUGCCGGGGGGCCUCUCGCGGAGCAGCUCCGCCAGCCGGCUCAACGCGCAGGCGCCGGAGUUCGUGCCGCGUGUCGCGGCGCCGCCGCCCCCGCCGGUGCAGCCCGUGAUCCACGUCUUCGCCGCGCCGCCCCCGCCGCCGCCCGCGUCCUUCUUCGCCGCGGGCCCGCCCCCGCCCCCGCCCCGGCCGCCGUUCGAGUUUUACGCGGCGGUCGGUGCUGCUGGCCCGGGCUUCGUUGCCGUGCCCGAGCAUGAGAUGGGGCCCGAGCAAGCGGUGCCGCCGCCGCCACCGCCGGCCCAGGCACACCAGCAGGGGAGAGAGCUGACCACAGACGACGUGCUGCACAAGAUCACCAAGCAGGUGGAGUAUUACUUCAGUGAUAUAAACCUGGCCACUACAGAACAUUUGAUGAGGUUUAUUUCUAAGGAUCCUGAAGGAUAUGUACCGAUGUCAGUUGUUGCUUCCUUUAAGAAAAUUAAGGCUCUGGUGCAAAGUAGUUCCAUGCUUGCUUCAGCUCUUCGAACUUCAUCAAAGCUUGUGGUUAGUGAAGAUGGAAACAGAGUAAAGCGUGUACAGCCAUUUACAGAAGCAGAUUUAGAGGAACUACAGGCCCGAAUUGUUGUUGCAGAAAAUCUUCCAGAUGAUCAUUGUUACCAGAACCUUAUGAAGAUUUUCUCAUCUGUUGGCAGUGUAAAGACAAUCAGAACAUGCUAUCCUCAGACCCCAAAUGGCAGUGGUCCAGUUACUAAUAGAUCUGCUAAACUAGAUAUGCUUUUUGCCAACAAGCUGCAUGCUUUUGUUGAGUAUGAGACUAUUGAGGAUGCUGAAAAAGCGAUUGUGGUGCUUAAUGAUGAGAGGAACUGGAGAAGCGGGCUUAGAGUUCGGUUGUUGAAUUCUUGCAUGGCUAAGGGAGGCAAAGGUAAGAAGGGUGGGCAUGAAACUGAUGUACAUGGUGAGGAGGAUGUUUCCACUUCUGAUCAACCAAAUGAUAAACAUUCAGAAGAAACAUCUCAACCAUCAGAUGCAAUAGGAGAGCAUGUUUCCGAGGAGAGCACUGGAGAUGCAGGCCGUGGGCGUGGCAGAGGCCGAGGGCGUGGAGGUAGAGGCAGAGGGCGUGGCUACCAUAACAACCAUAACAACAAUCAAUACCACCAUAACAACCAUCCGCAGCAGCAGCACCACCACCAAAACAGCAACAAUCAAGGUAACAACAACCGGAGUGGCGCCCAUCCUGUCGGAACCCCGCCUUCCAGCCACCCAGUGAAGGCCGAGCAACAGCAGACACAGUCAUCGCCUCCCGCAGGAGCGAACAAACAGCUUCCAGGGCCGCGUAUGCCAGACGGCACCCGUGGGUUCUCAAUGGGCAGAGGAAUGCCGCAAACAUCGUCGCCCAGCAUAUCGACUAGUGAACCUUGAACUUGAUUCGUGCCACAGGAGAGACGAGACACAGCUUGUGCUGCUGAUUGCCAUGUUGAUAGAGAGAUUGCGAGAGACUGUAUUUUAGAAGUCUUGUCUUUUGGAGUGUGCUUUCUGAUUUACAGACCAUAAUAUGGUUUUGCGCGUGCUGUGUGUACUUUAAAACCGGUAGCGCAGUGGUUUCGGAGUGAUUAUGGCCACCAUUUUGUAACUCCUAUUUUUUUGCUCCUUUUUGCCUCUUUGACUGUAAGAUUGUAGCAGUAAAAGCUCUUUUGGGCACAGAAAAGGUAAAGAAAAUAAAAGGAACAUGAUAAAA